AUGGCUUUGCAAUCAGUACAGCCCAUAUCACCAAUUUCGCUGACUCUCCUUCCAAAGGGCUCUAUUGCUCCUAUUUUGCUUCGAUUAUCUUCAUCAAUCCGUUGCUAUUGUGUUCGUACAACAUUGGCUGUGUCAUUGGAUGAAAUUCCCCCAAAUGCCCUUCGCCGGAAGUGUGACCGGAACUGGAGAGGAGGGUGCAGUCUAGGGGUAGAUCUGUGCAUGUCCCGAACUGGCCUUGCACUCAGCAAGGGCUUCUCUGUUCGACCCUUGACGGUUCUGGAGUUGAGAGGGCAAAAGCUUGAGCUUCGACUUAUUGACAUUGCUGAGAAGCAGGAGGUUGAUGAGUUCAUCGUAGGACUUCCUAAGUCUUCUGAUGAAAAAGAGACGCCGCAGUCCAAUAAAGUUCGUUCUGUUGCUGGUAGGCUUGCAGUUCGAGCUGCAGAGAGGGGUUGGAGAGUGUACCUGCAGGAUGAGCAUGGGACAUCAACCGAGGCUAUGGACCGUAUGAUUAAUAUAUGGUGCUGGAGAGAUAUUUUUCCCUCUCAGGUCAUGGAAUUGAACUUGUUCUGCCCAAGCAGUUGGAGCUCCAAAUCAAGCUCGGGAAGGGUCCAACUAGGGAUGCAGAUAUUUUUCCAGAAGAAUUUGAUGUUUGACCUUUUCUCUCAAUAGGAAAAUAUGAUUCUUAAAGAAUUCUAGUGGUUGGUGGGUCUCAUGGUUGCUACUAGUCGGAAAAAGAAUUCUAAUUCAAUUAGAAUCAUGUAC